ACUCCGUAUGGAAUGGAACCUUAUCGCUCUGGAAUAGAGACAAAUUUGUGCAUUAAUAGAGUGGGCGUGGUCAGUUUUGGGGAGAGGGGGCGCGCGCAGGGUGCGUAUUAUUAGGAAAUUACAAGCCGGCCAGUUUCUGCAGAGUGUGCGAGGGGAGAGGAGAGGGAAAAUGGAAGCGGAAAGCAGCGAGAGAACCAACUCUGUGCCCGCGGAGCCGUCGUUUCUGGACACGCCGCAAGGCCGGCGGCUCGCCUACCACCGGACGCAGGGCGCGCUCCCUGGAGUGGUCUACAUCCACGGCCUCAACUCUGACAUGAACGGGGAGAAGGUCACCUCUCUUGACAGCUAUUGCCGCUCACGGGGCCGAGCCUUUGUCCGAUUCGAGCUCUCGGGCCACGGGCGCUCCUCGGGGACUCUGCGAGAGAGCACGGUGACGGCCUGGCUGGAAGACGUUAGUGCGGUACUGGAGAGUCUCACCGAAGGACCUCAGAUACUAGUUGGUUCAUCAAUCGGCGGGUGGCUAAUGUUUCUCUACACACUCCGAAACCCUGACAAAGUCUGCGGGCUCAUCGGCAUAGCAACGGCGGCAGACUUCACCCAGAGAGUGUGGAAGGGGUUAAACAAGGAGAAGAAGGUCGAAGUUCAAAGAUCAGGUAUCUACGACAUGCCCAGUGAAUACUCUUCAGACCCGAUUCCUCUCUCUAUGGAACUUUUCAGUGACGGAGAAAAAUACACCAUCCUGGAUAUGCCUGGAAUAGAGAUCAUAAAGGCUCCGACAUGGUUGAUUCAUGGUGACCAGGACACAGUGGUACCUCCCGACAUCUCCCUCCAAAUACUGCAAAAACUGGAGUGCCCAGUUCAGCUAAGAGGAAUUGAAGAUGGAGAUCAUCGUCUGUCUAGACCUCAGGACAUCCACAUACUACAACAGGCGCUGACGGCACUACUUAACCCAGAGUCACAUGUGGAAGAAGAAGAUGAAGACUAAUCUCAUCCGCUAUCACACACGGUCCUUCCAUUGGGAAUAACUCUCUUUUUUUCAACGUCUGAUUUUUUGUAUUAGAUCAUACAAUGUUAGUAUGUCGUUAAUCACCAAAGAUACAUGCACUGACUUUCCCGUGGUAUUAUUUAUGUAUAAUGAUGUGCUUUUUCAAAGUGAAGUCGAGCUAUUGUACACUAUAAUAAUAAUUCG